AUGGCUAGCAAAAAUGCGCAUAUGCUUCAUUUUCCCGCAUUCAUUCCCUGUGAUCCUGCCUUGUGGUUCUCAUUAAUAGAGCCAAUAUUCAGCAAUGCCGGCGUCGUCGAUGACAAUUUAAAAUACCUCCAUGUGAUAUGUUCGUUGCCACAACAAGAAGCCAUAGAAGUACGAGAUAUACUGCUCAAUCCGCCAGAAGAUAAGUUUGUCGCGCUUAAAACUGCGAUCGUUAAGAAGUUAGUGUCACAAGAGGCGAAGAAAUACAUGGGUGAUCGCAAACCCUCUAAAUGUUUGUUGUAUCUCAAAAUUCUUGCUGGUUCUGCGCUGCCAGAUGCAGAGCUUCGUGCGCUGUGGAUGGAACAGUUGCCGCGACCCAUGCAGACGAUCCUGGCUGUGGCUACACAAUCAGAGCAGACCCUGGACAAGGUUGCUCACAUCGCGGAUGUAAUAGCCGACAACAUGGCUCCGACGCCUGCCGUCGCAACAACGGAAGAUCUAGUUAAAGUUAUACAACUUCAAAUUGCCAACUUAGAGCAACAUUUCAAAGAUUUGUCCAUCGACAUACGUGCGCGAGGCAGGGGCAAGUCACGACCUCGCUCCAGGGGAAACUCGGCAAAUGCACGUAUGUGUUGGUACCAUCAUAAUUAUAGAAGUAAGGCUCAUAAAUGCGUACCACCCUGCACAUAUUAA